CCUCGUGGUGUGGGUUUGGGGUGGUGUCCGGGCCGGGCGUUUUGUUCCAGGUCCAGGGGAGCCUCAGGUUUGGGGGGGCUGUGGAGAAACGUGUUCCCAGAUUUCGGGGCGCCAUGGCACCGAGUACCCCAGCUUUGGGAGAUCCGUGCCACCACUGCUCCACGGCCAUGCUGGACGUGCCCUUCCUGCCCUUCUGUGCCUUCCUGGGAACGCUGGGAUUGCUCUGCGUGGCCAUGGUGGGCACCUGGUGCCAGCACUGGCGCGGGGGCUUUUCCCUGGACGGCAGCUCCCGGACAUUCAACUGGCACCCGGUGCUGAUGGUGAUGGGAUUGGUGGUGCUCUACGGCGCAGCUGCCCUGGUUUACCGCAUUCCCAACACUUGGAGCGGCCCCAAGCUUCCCUGGAAGGUGCUGCACGGCAGCUUGGCUUUGGGAGCGUUCGUUUUGACCGUGCUGGGGCUGGCGGCCGUGUUCUGCUUCCAUAAUUCCCAAGGGACGCCCAACAUGUACUCGCUGCACAGCUGGAUGGGGCUGGCAACUGUCCUGCUCUUCUCCUGCCAGUGGGCGGCGGGUUUUGGAGCGUUCCUGCUUCCCUGGGCUCCCACCUGGCUCCGGGCACUCUACAAGCCCAUCCAUGUUUUCUUUGGCUCCACCAUCCUCAUGCUGUCCGUGGCUUCCUGCGUGUCAGGAAUCAACGAGAAGCUUUUCUUCAGCCUGAAGAACGGGACCAUGGAGUACAAGCUCCUGCCGGCUGAGGCCGUGUUUGCCAACACCCUGGGGCUCCUCAUCCUCAUUUUUGGAGUGCUGGUGGUGGCUGCCCUGGCCAGGCCCAGCUGGAAGCGCCCGGAUUCCGACUCCCUGGACUCCCGCCAGCCCCUGCUCUCUGCUGAGCGCUGAUCCCAGGGAUCUCCCAGCACUCCCAAGCUGCAUCCUUGUGCCUCCACGUGCCAGCUCCUGCCUGGAUCCCGGGCCAUGCCAAACCCUGCGCUUGCCGGUGCCAUCCCUCAACGCCGCAGCUGGAGCUGCCGGAGCCUCGCUGGGACAAAGAGGAUCAUCCGGAUCACUCCCACUCCAGAGGAUCCGGCUCAGGGUGGAGACACUCAGGGACCUCAUGGACAUGGAAUAAAAUAUUGGCUUCUG